AUGUCUAAUACUGCUAUUUCUAGACCUGCUAAUGAUGCUGAAGUCCAAGCUGUUCAUGACAGAUUGAGUGAAGCAGCUAGAGAACACAAAAAAUACUUACACUCUCACAGAAUCCAACGUCAUGCUUUAAAAGAAACUGAAAAGGAAGAACCAAUCUUGGUUGGUGACAAAAACCGUCAUACCGUCUUUCCAAUUAAAUAUAACGAAAUCUGGCAAGCCUACAAAAGAGCUGAAGCUUCCUUCUGGACCGCUGAAGAAAUCGAUUUAGGUAAGGAUCUUCAUGACUGGAACAACAGAAUGAAUCCAAACGAAAAGUUCUUCAUCUCUCGUGUUUUAGCAUUUUUCGCUGCCUCUGACGGUAUUGUUAACGAAAAUCUAGUUGAAAACUUCUCUGCUGAAGUAGCUAUCCCAGAAGCUAAAGCUUUCUACGGCUUUCAAAUUAUGAUCGAAAAUAUCCAUUCCGAAACUUACUCUCUUUUGAUUGACACCUACAUUAAAGAUCCAAAGGAAUCUGAAUUUUUGUUCAAUGCUAUUGAAACUAUUCCACAAAUUAAAGAAAAGGCCGAAUGGGCUCUAAGAUGGAUCCAAAAUGAAGAAGCACCAUUUGCUGAAAGAUUGGUUGCUUUCGCCGCUAUUGAGGGUGUCUUCUUUUCAGGUUCUUUCGCUUCAAUUUUCUGGUUGAAAAAGAGAGGUUUAAUGCCAGGUUUGACUUUCUCCAAUGAAUUGAUUUGUAGAGAUGAAGGUUUACACACUGAUUUUGCUUGUCUAUUAUUCGCCCAUUUGAAACAUAAGCCAGAUCCAGAAGUUGUCGAAAAAAUCAUUACUCAAGCUGUGGAAAUCGAAAAGAGAUACUUUAUCGAUGCUUUACCUGUCGCUUUAUUAGGUAUGAAUGCAGACUUAAUGAACCAAUAUGUUGAAUUCGUCGCUGAUAGAUUAUUAGUCGCCUUCGGUAACAAGAAAUUCUAUAAUGUUGAAAACCCAUUCGAUUUCAUGGAAAACAUCUCCUUGGCUGGUAAAACUAAUUUCUUCGAAAAGAGAGUCUCUGAUUACCAAAAGGCUGGUGUUAUGGCUGCUGCUGAAAAGACUGAAGCAGGUGCUUUCAAUUUCGAUGCUGAUUUCUAA